AUGGCAACUCCAGGAAAAACCGUCGCAUUCAUUGGAUGUGGAAACAUGGGAGGAGCAAUCCUUACCGGAAUCCUCGAGGCAGCGUUUACCAGCUCUGAAACCACAGAAUCACGUCCAAUUGCCCGCUUCAUCGCAUGCACCAAGAGCGCAGGCUCAGCCGAGCGACUCCAAUCAUCUCUCCGUGAGGAACAUAAACCACAUGUGAAGGUUGUCUCGGACAAGAUCAUCGAAUCCAUGAACGAAGCCGAUGUCCUCGUGCUUGGAUUCAAACCAUUUAUGGCGGACGAUGUGCUAAGUAUGCGGGGUGUGCGAGAGGCAUUGGCGGAGAAGUUGGUGAUUAGUCUCUUGGCGGGACAGCCACCAGAGAACCUUGUUCAAAUUAUUCAAAGCACAUCCGAGACUGGGAAAACUGGGGAUGAUUUGCCGGUUGUCGUGCAGGUUAUUCCGAAUAUGGGGGCGCAGUUUCGUCAAUCUAUGAGUAUUAUUCGGAUACCGCAGACGCCGCUAUCUGCUGAAAUGAAGGAGAUUGUGGAAUGGAUGUUCAAUCAAGUCGGUUGGAUUAAGUAUCUGCCUGAGAGUCAGAUGGAUGCCGGCUCUGUGCUUGUCGGAGCAGCGUUGGCAGCUCUGACUAUUCCCGUGGAAGGCAUUCUUGAUGGAUGUGUAGCGGAGGGGAUCAAGCGGCCCGAUGCGAUGGAAAUGGUUCUGCAUGGUAUAAGAGGAUUGUCAGCUGCGUUGGAGGCGGGCAUUCACCCUGCUGUUCUUCGAGAGAGUAUUUCCUCUCCACGCGGAUGUACUAUCCAAGCUUUAUUGGAACUCGAGAGAGCAGGAAGUAGAGCGCAGUAUGCAGAUGCGAUUAUCAAGGGAACACAGCAUUGGAAGAAAUAG